AAACUUCCUGAAUAAGCAUUUGUAGGUUUAUGCAUGUACAUUUUCACAUGUGUAUUUAAAAGGAUUAAGACUUGAUUACAAUAUAAUAGUCAUUUUAAGUGUGAUAUUUCUGAUUCUUUGAGGACUUAGGAUAAACCCAGGGAUACGAUAGAAAUGAAGACAUUGCGAUGUUCACUGCUGCUUAUCAUUUCACUUGCUUACGGACGCCUUGUGUUCGACUCUGACAAGAGCCUGGUUAAUAUAGAUGACAGUGUGACACUGAACUGUGCGAACAAUGCAAAAGACAAUCCAAUGCAAAUCAUUUUCAACAACAAAAUUCUUUGCACUUAUGACGCUUUCUUCUCCCAAAUAACGAACAACUUUCCCUCGAAAUAUGGCGUCAAUAAAACAAUAAGUGUCUCAAGCUAUGUGCUACAUCUUACAGUUUUACAAUUUUCAAACGCUGACAUCGGGCAAUACGAUUGCAGAGACCCCGUUACAAUGGAGAAACAGUCAAUUUCUCUCGACAAACCAGUGCAAAUAACCCGCAUAACUCUGACACCAACCAACAACCCACUCUUUGUGAUAGAGAACCGACCCCGUCAAAUAAAAUGUGAGACUGACGUUGGACGUCCCGCAGCCACUGUACGUUGGUUUAAGGGAGGAACAGACAUUUCUUCGCAAGCCACGGUCUCAACCUUAAACGGCAUCACCACAAGCGUGUUACAAUUAACUCCUAGAACCACAGAUCAAAGCAAUGCUCUCUUCUGUACAGCAGAUAACGGGGGAGAUGUAAGGACAUCGGCAAGGUCAACUUUGAAUGUGCUGUAUGGACCCACAGUGCCGAAAUGCAUCUACGCGGGAACGAUGGUGAAAGGGCAAUUGUUUCUCCGCGAGGGUCAGGUGUUUACACUUAACUGCUCCAGCUCCGGAAACCCUUCUCCGAACAUUAAUUGGAUUCCUCCCGGUAUGGCAUCCUUCAACUCUUUGACUCUGGACGGCAUUAGCAGGAACAACGACGGCGUGUUUACCAUAAGUGCCAGCAAUAUUUUACAGCCUACGGGACUCACCGCAGAGUCGAUGACGAAUACUAUCAAUGUAACGGUCACUGUAUAUUAUCCUCCGGAUCCCAUCAAAUGUUCCGUUGGGUCGGCAGCAUCCCUGAAUUCUGGAACCAUAAAAGUUGUCGGUGGGUCUACUUUUACCAUUGAUUGUACCACCAGCAGUAAACCCAACCCCGGAUACUCGUGGUCAUGGCCAGGUGGAAACGCCAAUGAUCAUCAACUCUCCGUUAUUAAUAUUCAGACUGAAGGUCCAUUUGAAGUCACCGCACAUAACUCCAUGUCGUUUUCAAAUGGGAGUUCUGAAACAGGAAGUGUUCGGACUUCAUUCAGCAUUCGACUUCUUUACCCUCCAAGCAGCCCAACGUUUCAUUUCGGUGGAAUCACUGGCUCCAUUAUCACCGAAAACAGCCUCUCCGUCAUCUCGGGCAACACAACCACUGUAGGCUGCGUCUCCACCGGCAACCCUGUACCCACAUUCUCCUCCUGGAGCGGAACCGGUCAGCUGUGGACGUUCACCGCACACACGGCCGUCUCUAGAACGUGUGUAGCCUCCAACACGCUCGACCCGACCGGAUUUGAGGAUGUUCCUAGAUCGGCUUCGGGUACUCUGAACGUUAAAGUCCUGUUACCUCCAACUUCUCCUCAGUGCACCAUUGGAAGGGCGAAUGUAUCAUAUGGGAUCAUAAAAGUCAUCCAGGACAGUAACGUCUCUCUAUUGUGCUCGAGCACGGGAAACCCGAUGCCUGAUAUCUUCCGGUGGACAUUUCCAUCAGGUCAAGUAGUCAACAACAGGCAGCUGUCCAUAACAAGAAUACAACCAUCAGAAAAUAACGUCUAUAGUCUAACUGUACAGAACAAGAUGGAGCCGAAUUUUACUGAUGCUGUAAAUGGAAUUACAGCUACGUCUUUUACCAUGAUGUUGUUAUACCCUCCUGCGGUUUCCACAUUAUACAACAUCACGGUUCUGGAGGGCCUAGAUACAUCUGCGAAAUGUCAAUUCGUACCUGGAUAUCCGACGGAGACGCAGAUCAAAUGGACAAGAUCUUACGAUGAACAUGUCAUCAGUACAUCACAGACUCUCUUCUUGAGUGUAAUAAAGCGAUCACAAGCCGAUUUGUACAGGUGUACUGCUUUAAACGUUAUGGAGCCUACUGGAUGUAACACGACAGUUGGGAGCAGUCACUCUGAGUUAUUCGUAGAUGUACAGUACGAGACGUCAAUCACAGACUUUGCAAUAACAGAAUUUGAAGGCAUGGAUGUGGUGGAACUGAAUAAAGACUCUCGAAUCCUUUUUCAUUGUGGAGUAGAUAGUAACCCCGGGUCACAUAUUGAGAUACUAAAGGAUGGUCAGGAUCUCAAACAAGCUAACAAUGCACAAAGUCUCGGUCUCGUCAUCGAGAGAAGUCAAUGUGAAGAUGACGGCAUCUACACGUGUACGGGACGUAACAUCCACAACACCGCCCCUGUGAUGAGGAUGUUAACGGUUUUUGUCAGAUGCUCACCGCAGGCAUCGACAGCAGCGCCACCAAAUAUGAAUUUUACCAGCUCUUCUGGCGUUCCCGCCACUUUGACAUUUAGCUUUGCAGCCUAUCCCCGCCCUAAUAUAACAGACUUCCUGUGGGAGAAGGGAAGCGUGUCGAUGAAUGGGUGGACACUCAUGCAAAGCACGCAUAAUGUGAAAAUAGUUGUUUCAUUGGACAGGCUACAAACAAGCAUAAAUUUCACAAGAUUACAGACCGAAGACUUUGGUUAUUAUAGAGUUAACGUGAGCAAUGAACUCGGACGUACUUCACAUAUAUUUCAUCUUCAAGCACAAGAGGUUCCAAACAUUCCACAUAGUUUACAUGUUUCGGAUAGCGUAACAAAGUCAUCCUUCACCAUUGUCUGGACUCCGGGGUUUGACGGCGGCCUUCCGCAGACAUUUUUUGUUCAAUACAGGGAAGUUCUACACUCCAAAUGGAUGGAAGACAAAGCAGCAAAUGAUCGAUACAAUUAUACUCUCAGGAACCUUACACCAGGCACUACGUAUGAGUUGAGGUUGUAUGCUGAAAAUGAUCUUGGGCGAUCUCACGAAUCAAGCUUGAUUAAAGUGACUACUUUGACCGAUGCAGAACAAAGUAGCAUUGAUGGUGCUGUUAUUGGCGGUGCUGUUGGCGGAAGUAUUGGAGCGGUCGUGGUCAUAGCUGUGGUCGUGUUUAUUCUUAGACGAAAUUACACAAUGAAUUGCAUCAUUUCAAGAAAGAGAGGUAUUCCUGACGAAGAACCCGAAUCCGGUAGAAACAAUCCUGGAUAUAGCGCAGCUCAGACGUACGAGGAGGUUUCCAUGACAAAUGAAACAUCAGUUUACGACGCUCUUAAAGAUGGGGACAGCAGUUCGCAUGUGUACACUCCGUUGGAUGAGUCUACUUUAAAGUCGAGCGCAUUCUACGAAAAUACGAUGAACGAGUAUCCCGUUUACAACAACACGGUGCUAAAAAAUCCAGUACAAACGAUGCUUUAAAUGGAACAAACUGGGCCUACAUAUGACGGCAUCAGUUCUUUACGUACAAUUAAGUGAAACCCAAGGACAAACUUGUGCCAUUCUAUACGUAUGCAUACUGUGUUUUGUGUUUGCAUGUGAACGUUUAAAUCUCUAUUUUCAUACGAGCUUCAUUAAAACCCUUACCUUUAAAAAGAAACAUAAUACAAACAGAUAAAAACUUUCGCUUACGGGAUAAUACAAACAAGGAAAGGGGUUGCAUAAAUUUCAUAGUUAGAUUAAAAGGUUGUAAGAUAAUGCGAACGCAUGCAUACUGUGUUUUUGUGUUUGCAUGUGAACGUUUAUAUCUCUAUUUUCAUACGAGCCUCAUGCUUACCUCUAAAAAGCAUCAUAAUACAAACAGGUGAAAACUUUCGCUUACCGGAGAAUACAAACAAGGAAAAGAGUUGCAUGAAUUUCAAGGUUAGAUUAAAAGUGCAGGCUUAAAAAAUGAGUUUAGCGUGCUUUCCUUAUUAUAGUAAUUAUAGGUAAUCAUAUAAUUAGAAACUGUUUCGUAUAUAUGUUACAAAUACAAUAUAAUUGAGGUUAACAUACAAUAAAUAAUUUAACUAACUACAUGUAUAAACAUUUAAAAUAAACUAUUUAUUAACUAGUGCUUUAAAUUUACUGUUACAUUAUUAUACAUGAACUAGAAAAUACGAUCAGUAAUACUUUUUUCUACAAAUUAACUCAAACAGUGGUUAUAACGCUCGAUAUUUUGUUUGCAACAAAAUCCACAAAUCUUUAAGAUAACAGUUGCGCCGCGGACAGAGUUGCGAACGAAAUCGGUAAAAUCCCAUAUAUAUUUUCCCGAAGACCGAUAUUUGUUUCAUAGUUCAUGGAUCGAUCUCUCCCUGUAUCAGCUAUUAGGCGGAGAUUAACUGAUUAUGAACCUGUCAAUGAUUUUUACGUCGCCUUUGAAGCAUUGCAAACAUAUUGGGAUUACUUUGUCCGGCGGCGUCGUUACAAUUUUUGUUUCCAAUCAACAACUUAUAAACAAUGCUGUGUACAUUUUUCAGCUACUGUUUACAUUUAAAGCCUCAUCUGAUUAAAAUCAAUUACGGCUGAAUGCUGAUUUACUUAAAUAAAUGCAUUGGAACACUUGAUAUAAUCGCCUUUUCAUUGGACAGAAUAUAAUGUUGAACACUAAAUAUUAAUAUAUGUUUUGUUGCAACUAUCCAUAAUAUUUCUACAUUAAAUACUGUAUAAUAUCAUUUGUUAAAUAUAUUAACUUAUUGUUAGCAUAUUUAAUGUAGGCUUAGAACUUCAUCACUUAUUUGGACGUAAAUGUAUUGGCACACUUGAUAAAACCACCUACUCAUUGGACACAAUAUUAGUUGACCACUAAAUACAAAUUCUGAGUUGCAAGUAUCCAUGCCAUAUUUACAUUUUUGUACUGUAUAUUAUCACAUGUUGAAUAUAUUGAUUUGUUGUAUGCAUGUAUUAUGUAGGCUUAACCCUGUUUAUUGUGUCAAUGUGUGUGGUGGAUAUGAUAGCAUACGUACUUGUUUAAACAGAUAUGAUUGAAAUAUCAUUUGUUUUUAGAUCGCAGCCUUAGCCUCCAGUGAAAUUGUGCCUUAGUCAAACAGAAUGCACUUUCGCGUUUUAGUUUUUUGGGAUAGAAACAGAUAAAUGUCGCACUCAUUGUGUACAUUUGAAUUUCAAUAGCUUGUAGGAAUAUUAUCUGGAUUUCCCCAUGAUAAAUAGAGCCUAUGCAAAAGAUCUAUCAAUGUGAUAAAUUCAACCAUUUUAGGAAUUCUGUUUAAUGUGCGAGUGCCGUAAAAGUGAUUUAAAGAGAUGAUCGUUUUCGUACCUGUUUUGCAUGCUUAAGCACUUUAUCAAAAGACAUGUUUCCAUAUAGCUUUUCUUUGCUCCUUACAUCAAAUAAGUACUUAUAUAUAUGUGCGUUGUGACAUCAAAUAAGUAUUUAUAUAUAUGUGCGUUUUGUUACUGUCUCUAACAAAUGUAUGAUACAUACAGGUUAUAUGAUGUGCUGCAUUUUAGAGAAAUUUACUUCUUUUUUUCUUUCCUGUUUGUUAUGAUUUUAUUAAUCAGAACAUAAUAUUUUUUCUGUUAUACAUGUAAAAUUCUCCCGAGUGCUAUCAUGCCUGGUCAUCGGACCAUAGAAACGUGAAUCGGUGUCAUUACGUUAUGUGUUUAUUCAUUGCCUUGAGAGAGUAGGUGCUCAGAGACAAGCAAACAUAAAGCCAUCUUAGUUAACAAUAUAGUUGGUUUUCAGAUCAAAAGCGACAUGAUGAAUUAUAACAUGCACAUGUGUAUAAAGCUAGUUUAUUGAUUAAUCUUGAACUUAUCGGCUAUUCGUUUCUUCAAACAUGAGUAAUUUGAAAUCAGAGGUGGCAAUCAUAAGUGUGUUUUAAUUUCUAUAUACAUAAAUUAAGGUGUUUGUUUUUGCUUGUAUAUUUUUGAGUACUUAAUUUAAUUCGUUGCAGUGUAAUCUAUAUAAUUAGUAUGAAUGGUGCUUGAAUAAAAGUUUUCUUCUUUA